GCCACGCAUUUUGAGAAGUAGUCGGUUUCCGAUGAUGUUUUUGGUUAAAUUAGUAUCAGUUAUCAUAGAUUAGACAUAAACUUAACCAUCUGUUGACAUGAUUUGCGUUUUACUUCUAAAAUAAACAAGUUAUCGCAGUUUGAAAAGUUCACAACAAUUACCUCUCCAUGUUUGUUGCAAAUAAAAUGGAACGCAACAAUGUCUUUAUCCUCUGCAGAUGGGGACAAAGAGUUAUCGCUAUUCUCUUUUGUCGCUUGUUUUUUGCAUUUUUCAGCGACAAUUACAUUCCUUGUGUGGAUGUGGUUGUGACUCUUGACUUGCUCAGAACGAAAUCCAAACAAGCCACACCAAUCAGCUGUUCGUGCAGCUUGUAUACUCUCAAUACGGAGCAUCAUUAUCAUUGUUCGUUGUGGGACAUCGAUUUGUUUGUUGAGUAAAUACAUUUCUGGUUUCCAAAUCCUCGAUUUUGCUAAUACAACUAAUUCCAACAUGAGUCUUCAGAGUGAUGUACUCGUUUAUGAAUCGGCGGACGACUGUAUUCCAGUUUGCAGAUUGUGCUUGAGCGAGGAAUCACUGGAAGAAAUAUUUGAACAAGAGGACCUCGAUCUAUUGAUAUCCGAUUUCCUAACAAUUGUGAUUUCAAAAGAAGACACGAUCAGUCUAUCAGUUUGCGCUACCUGUCGAACACGGCUAAUCGAGUUCCGCGAAUUCAAGUGGCGUUGCCUCGAGGUCCAGGAAUUACUACAGGGAAAUCUGUACACAGUUCUGGAAGAUCAGGAGUGCUUGCUGGAAGGCAAUGAUGUUCAAGCCGCAACAAGGGAGGAGACUAUCGUGAAAGUUUUAGUGGAAGAAGUGGAAUCGGCAACAAUAGGUCCGAAUCAUCAGGAACUUGAACAGGAUAUUGUACCUACUAGGAAGAAGAAACGAAACCGAUUCAAACGGAUCGAAUACACAAAAUCUGGAAGAAAGCGAUAUGUAUACGAUCUAACGGAGAUCUACAACAGCCAACUGGUGGAAUGUUCCAUUUGUGGCAAAAUGAUUUCCAAAAUUCGCAUGGAAGGACACCAAAACAUGCACCAAGGUGUUCGACCUUUCAAAUGUGAACGUGGCUGCAACCAGAUGGAUUUCCACUGUCAGCAGCUCCGGUUGCACCACUAUCGGAAUGUACAUGACGGGGAACGACACGAGUGCGACGUAUGCCAUAAAUCGUAUCGAUCCCGGCGUAGCCUCAAUUACCACACGAAAGACGUCCACUCAGUGAAACCAUUCGCAUGUUCCGUCUGCUCCCAAGCGUUCUCCUCAAACGCACGUUUAAGGCAACACCAAAAAUACCACAACCGGGAGAAGAAUCAUCCUUGCCCGAAAUGUAGCUAUUCGUUCUACACUAACCAUGAUCUGAAAAAGCACCUGAAACGGCAUUUAAAGUAAACCUUUCACUAUUAAACAUACAAAUUGAUUUCAACUGAGAAAACAAAACAUACCAAUUUCAUUACUGAAUAAAUUUGUGUAGUUUUUAGUACAACGGU